AUGCUGAUCUGUAUAAAUCAAUCAGAUGUCGCCGAGCGUGGUUCCCAGGUUGCCCUGAUGGAUAAAGUCUACUCGACAGCACAGAAAGUAGUCAUCUGGCUCGGAGAGGACAACCAACACACGGAGCUUGGAAUGGAAACAAUUGCUCUGAUUCAGAGGAGGAUUCUCACUGAGACACACUCGUUGCCGGUUGAUGCGUCAGACCAUGAACAGUACCGGGCUAUGGCAGAUGUGUUUACAGAGUUCCUUGCUCGCCCAGACUCAGAGAGCUGGGCUUUGGGUGUCGUUGCCCUAUACAUCAGACCUUGGUGGCGUCGUGUGUGGACGAUGCAAGAGGUUGCACCCGCUCAGCUCGCCAAGGCACAUUGUGGAUGCGACCAUCUAGCCUGGGAACAAUUUGUGCUCUUUUCGGAUUACCUCACAAUGCUGCUCAUCGUUGAAGUUUUUCGACGCCACAUAGCUCGCACCGACACAGGACGUCAAGCACUGGGAGGCCUACCAUCCAUUGUUGUCACGGCACGGUUGGUCUGGAACAUGCGAGACCGCAGAAAUUCAGGAAAGAUCAAUCCCUCGUACAUGGUACUCAUCACGUUCGACCGUCUCGUCACGGACCCUAGGGACAAAAUUUACGGUCUGCUUGCCCUUGUCAACGAUGGCGCGACACUGCAACCUAAUUACAAUCGUAGUGUAAGAGAGGUCUAUAUCGAAGGUUUCAAGGCUAUGCUUCAGAAUGCUAACGAUGCAGUACUGGUGCUUGAAGGCGUGCCCAUUGACGUUCUUGAUUUUGUGGGAGAUCCAGCACCUCCGGUGCAAGACAACAAAUUCCGAGGGUUGCAGUCGUCAGUGAAAGAUACUAUAUAUCGGUGGAAGCGUCUCGGCCUCGGUCUCGAAGGAAGCCCAGGAGCUUACGUUACGGGUGAGUCGACUUCCAGUGCAUUCUGGAGGACGAUCGUAAUCGACCAAAAGCUAGUCGAUUAUCACCCAAACUUCCGCAUGAUGGCCAAGGAGCGGGAUCAAAUUCGACUGGACGUGCCUGAUGUAGCAAUUCCACCCGCGACUCCGGAGCAAGAAGAGCAUCUUAUUCGAGUCCUGGAUAGUCCUGGUGCCUCUGGAGGUUCCAUGUCGCAUUUAUCCAACAGACGCUUUUUUAGGAGGCAAAAAGGACAUAUAGGGCUAGCCUACUUGGCGGUACAGAAAGGUGAUAUCGCGUGCGUUCUUCUAGGAGGUGACGUCCCUUAUAUUCUUAGGCCGCUGGACAAUGGCAGGUAUUCGAUGCUUGGAGGAUGGUAG